AAACAAAGAAACCCUAACAAAUUUCCUUCCUCUCUCUUCGGUCUCAUGCUACUGAAGCUCAACUGCCACAAACUUGAUAGCAGGAGAACUCGAACAAAUUACUCGUUCGAAAACACGCACACACACACUUAUUCACCCACCAGAACAACCGAAAACCUCAUGCCUUCAUUAGUCGUUUCUGAAAAACCCUCAUCAGAGACUCUGAAAGACAAGAAAAAGAAGAGCGUGAGUGGCGGCGACGUGGAAGUUGGAAAAGCCCUUGAAUUUGAUCACUCGAUGGAGAAAAAGGCAAAGAAAGAGAAGAAGUCAAAGAAGAGCAAGAUAAAUUCGGAGUCUGAUACCGAAGAUUUGAGAACUAAUCAUCCGAGUAAUUCGGAGGAGAAAAAGAAGGGCAAGAAGAAGCGAAAGGCGGCUGAGAUUGAUAAUGAUUUCGAGGAGGAGAAGAGUGACACCAGCUCUGAGUUAGGGGAGCCCAUGAAUUUGAUGAAGACGAAAAAGAAAGCCAAGUUAGCUGAAUCAAAUGAGGACGAUGGGGAGAAGGUUCAAAAUGAGGAUCAUCCUAAUGCGCUGUCAAAGUUUAGGAUUUCCGACAAGUUGAAGGAGGCGCUCAAGAGCAAGAGCAUUCAUUAUUUGUUUCCUAUCCAGGCUAUGACUUUUAAUACGAUUUUGGAUGGGUCCGAUUUGGUUGGUCGUGCCCGGACGGGUCAGGGUAAAACUUUGGCCUUUGUGUUACCAAUUUUAGAGUCCUUGACCAGUGGGCCAACAAAACAUUUAAGGAAAAGUGGAUAUGGGAGAGCACCCAGUGUUCUUGUGCUUUUGCCUACAAGGGAAUUGGCCUGUCAGGUGUUCGCUGACUUUGAAUUCUACGGUGGGGCAGUGGGUCUGACAUCAUGCUGCAUAUAUGGACAAUCCCCCUACAGGCAGCAAGAGUAUGCCCUCAAAAAAGGAGUUGACAUAGUAAUUGGUACCACUGGUCGUGUUAAGGACCAUAUUGAGAGGGGGAACAUUGACUUGAGGUCAUUGCAGUUCCGUGUUCUUGACGAAGCUGAUGAAAUGCUUAAAAUGGGUUUUGUUGAUGAUGUUGAAUUUAUUCUUGGCAAGGUUGAUAAUGCGAGUAAAGUUCAAACACUUCUUUUUAGUGCUACAUUGCCUGACUGGGUGAAGCAGAUUGCUUCUAAGUUUCUGAAACCAGAUAAAAAAACUGCCGACCUUAUUGGCAAUGAGAAAAUGAAGGCAAGUGCAAGUGUAAGACAUAUUGUUCUUCCCUGCUCUGCAUCUGCUAGAGCUCAGCUUAUCCCUGAUAUUAUUCGCUGUUAUAGCAGUGGAGGUCAAACUAUUAUAUUUACUGAGACGAAGGAUUCAGCUUCAGAACUUGCUGGAAUAUUGCCUGGAUCACGUGCUUUGCAUGGUGACAUACAACAGUCCCAGCGUGAGGUUACCCUUGCUGGCUUCAGGUCUGGAAAAUUUAAGACAUUAGUGGCAACAAAUGUUGCUGCCAGAGGACUUGACAUUGACAAUGUCCAGUUGAUUAUUCAGUGUGAACCCCCAAAGGAUGUUGAAGCAUAUAUCCAUCGAUCUGGAAGGACUGGCAGAGCAGGAAACACGGGUGUCGCUGUAAUGCUUUAUGAUCCCAGGAAGUCAAAUUUUUCUAGAAUAGAAAGAGAAUGUGGUGUGAAGUUCGAACAUGUCUCUGCUCCUCAGCCAGCUGAUAUUGCUGAAGCAGCUGGGACAGAGGCUGCUGAAAAAAUUUCAGAAAUUUCUGACAGGUUUGCCGGCUUUUGCCUAGAGUUUGUUUAAGGUACUGUAAUUUCUUGCAUAUAUAUUCAUAACUAGUGACAAUUUGCAGUGUGAUUCCGGCUUUCAAGGCCGCUGCCGAAGCUUUGCUCAGCAGCUCUAGUUUAUCGCCGGUGGAACUCCUGGCUAAGGCACUUGCAAAGACUGCUGGUUAUAGUGAGAUAAAGAGUCGUUCACUUCUGACUUCCAUGGAAAACUGUGUUACACUGCUGCUGGAGUGUGGAAGACCUGUCUACACACCCUCGUAAGCACUUGGAACCCUAUAGCUGUUCAUUGUUUCUCUUGUUCCUUGUGAGCCCGUAAGUGAGAAUUAGCAGCAUGUGCACUGCUUUAAAACUUUAACCUGUUGGAAAAUGUAACAUUUUGUUGUUUCUGUCUUCUCCGACUUGUUCAAAUAUCUAGUCCUUAUAUUCAAUCAUCCAAGGAGAAGAGUCUCCUGCAGCUAUGGCAAAAACAUUUUUGGUUUUAACAGUUUUAAGCAUUAAUAUUUCAUGCAUCUUUAUUGUCUUGGUCAUGCUAAAGGCUAAAGCACCGGAGCAACCAUUUGUGGUUUUAACCGUAGAUUAUAAUUUUCCUGAUUCUGUUUGGUAUUAUAUGCAACAGCUUUGUGUUUAGUGUCCUUCGGAGGUUCUUACCUGAAGAGAAAGUUAAUUCGAUAAUGGGCCUUGCUUUGACCGCUGAUGGAAAAGGGGCAGUGUUUGAUGUGGCAGCCGAGGAUCUGGACUUGUUCCUCAAGGGUAUAUUUUAUUUUUCACCUUCUGAAUAAUUGUCACCUUCAGUGGAUUCUUUAGUUCUAGUACCAUUUAUGGUGAUUGUUCAUGGAAGUCGCCUUGGCACCGUCCUUGAGAUUUUGGUUUUAAUUUGCUUCAUGUGUGGUUGCAGGUCAGGAUAGUGCAACUGGUGUGAGCCUGGACGUUGUUAAAACUCUGCCACAAUUACAAGAGAGAGAACAGCGAAGAUUUGGUGGAGGUGGACGUGGUGGCUUUUCUGAUAGAAGAUUUGGAGGUGACCGUCGUGGUGGCGGCGGCUUUUCUGAUAGGAGAAAUGAUAGGUUCUCGAGAGGAGGUCGAGGUGGUGGAAGAAGUUUUGGAAGCAAUAACAGGAAGUGGUGAACAAAGUGGUUAUGACAAGACACAUUCUUUGGUGUUGAUCAUUAAUUAGCUUCUGUAUCGGUCUUAUUUAAAGGAUUUGAAUUGGCAGUCUUCAUUUUUGAUCUUUGAGCUUCUGUGUGGUAUUCUUCCCAGUAUAUAUCUUUAUGAUAAUAGAAUCCAUGGGGGUUUUGCUGGGUUUCCCAUGGUCAUACAUUCUGCAGGAACUACGAGUUGUAUUUGUUUAACUUAUGCUUCAAGACUGAGUUAUAUUUAAUUUUACCUUGGGACAAACCAUUCACGUUUUUAGUAAGUGAAAAGAUACCGUGAUUGAUUUGGACGGAAGGAGUAACUAACAUACAUCAUGGCAAUGUGAACGGUGACCUAAUUACAAUCGUGUACACUUCCAUUAUGGUUAAAGAAUCCUACAUUUCAGAAGGGGGAAAAGAUGCAAGAAUAUACAGAAG